UUAAUUGUGAAGUGGCCACCACUCACCAGAGGAGAAAGAACGCGGUUGAGAGCAUGGAGAUGAUGAAGCCUUGCUAUUUACUAAUGAUUGUAUCAGUGCUAAAUGUGAUGGUCUUUUCAGCGAUUUUUGUUUCUGCUAAAAAAUCUGGUGACGUUACGGAGCUGCAGAUCGGUGUGAAGUUUAAGCCAGAAUCCUGUGAUGUUCAGGCUCACAAAGGUGAUCGAAUCAAAGUACACUACCGGGGCAAACUCAUAGAUGGAACUGUCUUUGAUUCCAGUUUUGAAAGAGGUGACCCAAUUGAGUUUGAGCUUGGUAGUGGACAAGUUAUUAAAGGAUGGGACCAAGGGAUUUUGGGAAUGUGUGUGGGGGAGAAGCGGAAGUUGAAAAUACCUGCAAAACUUGGUUAUGGGGCUCAAGGAUCCCCGCCUACAAUCCCAGGUGGAGCAACACUGAUUUUUGAUACUGAACUUGUUGCGGUGAAUGGAAAAACAUCUAGUGGAGAGAAAACAACAGGUGGCAAGAGCGAGUUAUAGUCAGAGGAAGAAGGAAGAAUUUCUCAAGUGCUACAUAGUAGCUAAAUGCUUAUAGGUUUUCUUUAGUUACAAUGUUUUUGUUUCUUCAACGGUCUGACCAUUUUGAUACAUAUCGAUCUGUAAUACUAACUUUUGGCCUUACAACACUUAGGAUUACAUUUUAACUUUGAGAUCAUGGAUUUGAUCCCAGCUUUACUCGUAAGGAAAAUAAGAAAUAAUUGGUCUUAGCUGCUAUAUCA